AUGUUGGGUCUCUUCAGUCUUAAAUCGGUAGUGCAGUCCCUUACCAGAAUUUCGACAGAGUCGCUUUUGAGAACUACUCCUGUGAUAGCUCAACCCAUUCGCGGAGUUCAGCGACAGGAGGCCAAACGUUACUACGUCGAGGAUGGUACUGCCGAUCCGCCUGUUCAAGUCGUUAUCGAUCGCUUUAAGAGACUUCGUUGGGGUGCGUACAUUCAUCCCAGAGCUGGUCGAAGAAAGCAUCUUUACCGG